AUGGUUUUGAAAAGGAAAAAGAUCGGAGAUAGAGGGAAGGUUCUACUUACAACUCCCACUACUCCAAGAGAUAGAAUGAAAUCCAUUGUUGAAGUAUCAGAGGGAUUUAUCUAUCUUGUAAGCUCAGUUGGAGUUACGGGGGCACGAGCAUCUGUCAGUGACAGAGUUCAAAAUCUUAUCCAAGAAAUCAAAGAGGCAUCAACUAUACCAGUAGCAGUUGGCUUCGGCAUAUCGAAGCCCGAGCAUGUGAAACAAGUGGCGGCGUGGGGAGCUGACGGCGUGAUCGUUGGGAGUGCAAUGGUGAAGCUACUGGGUGAAGCGAAAUCUCCAGAGGAAGGAUUGAAAGAGCUUGAAAAUUUCACAAAAUCCUUAAAAUCUGCACUGCCAUGAGGACAAUUUUAUGGCAUCAAAUUAAGAUUUUGGCUCUUGUUUUGAACUUCCAAUAUACAUUUCGAAUGGAAUAAAGUAAUUUGUAUUGUCUAGUGUAUGACAUAUUAAAUUUCGUUUCUCUGA